GACUUGCUCAGCCAGAGGCCGGCAGCCUGGAGCCGGAGCCAGAGCCGGGGCUCGCCUGCCUCCUGAGACCCCAGGCCCCACCCGCUCACCCACCACCCGCCUGCCACCCUGCCUUCCAGAUCAGCCAUCUGCCUGCCCCUGCCAUGGAGACCUUCUUUAGGAGACACUUCCAGAGGAAGGCACGAGGCCCUGGGGAGGGGCAGCGGCGGCCCAGCAGCGUGGGGCUGCCCACAGGGAAGGCGCGGCGCCGCUCCCCGGCCGGCCAGGCCUCGUCCUCGUUGGCACAGCGGCGCCGCUCCAGUGCACAGCUCCACGGCUGCCUCCUGAGCUGUGGGGUGGGGGCCCGGGGUGCCGGCCGCCGGCGCUCCAGCACUGCACCCCCUGCCUGCAACCCCCGCUUCACCGUGGAUGAGGCGCCCACCCUGCAGCCUGCUGCUGUUGGGGCGCACCUUCUGGGCACACCCCUGCUGUUGGCUGGGCUUCUGGGCACGAAUGAGGAGGAAGACAUGACAGCUGCGCCAUUGAGUGCCACGCAGCCAGGCGCCAGGACACCAGGGCCGUCCUCGCACCGGGGCCCCCUGCUGCCUGUGCCUCCCUGCCUGCGCCGUCGCCGCCGCGCCUCCUCCCACCUGCUCCCCGCUGAUGUGGUGUAUGACCAUGCCCUCUGGGGCCUGCACGGUUACUAUCGGCGCCUCAGCCAGCAGUGGCCCCCGGGCCAGCACCCUGGCCCUGGGGGCCGAAGAGUUUCAGGCACCACAGCUGGCCCUGUCAUGCCUGCUCGCGUGCGCCCGCUGUCCCGCAGGCGUCAGGUAGCCCUCCGGCGCAAGGCAGCGGGACCCCAGACCUGGAGUGCCCUGCUUGCGAAAGCCAUCACCAAGUCGGGCCUCCAGCACCUGGCACCCCCUCCCCCUGCUCCCGGGGCCCUGUGCAGCGAGCCAGAGCGGCAGAUCCGGAGCACUGUGGACUGGAGCGAGUCUGCGACGUAUGGGGAGCACAUCUGGUUCGAGACCAACGUGUCAGGGGACUUCUGCUAUGUUGGGGAGCAGUACUGUGUAGCUAAGAUGCUGCAGAAAUCAGUGUCCCGGAGAAAGUGUGCAGCCUGCAAGAUCGUGGUGCACACCCCCUGCAUCGAGCAGCUGGAGAAGAUAAAUUUCCGCUGUAAGCCAUCCUUCCGUGAGUCAGGCUCCAGGAACAUCCGUGAGCCAACUUUUGUGCGCCACCAUUGGGUACACAGGCGACGCCAGGAUGGCAAGUGUCGGCACUGUGGGAAGGGCUUCCAGCAGAAGUUCACCUUCCACAGCAAGGAGAUCGUGGCCAUCAGUUGCUCCUGGUGCAAGCAAGCAUACCACAGCAAGGUGUCCUGCUUCAUGCUGCAGCAGAUCGAGGAGCCGUGCUCCCUGGGGGUCCACGCUGCCGUGGUCAUCCCACCCACCUGGAUCCUCCGCGCUCGAAGGCCCCAGAAUACCCUCAAGGCAAGCAAGAAGAAAAAGAGAGCAUCCUUUAAGAGGAAAUCUAGCAAGAAGGGGCCAGAGGAGGGCCGCUGGAGACCCUUCAUCAUCAGGCCAACCCCGUCCCCCCUCAUGAAGCCCCUGCUGGUGUUUGUGAACCCCAAGAGUGGGGGCAACCAGGGCGCUAAGAUCAUCCAGUCCUUCCUGUGGUAUCUCAAUCCACGACAAGUCUUUGACCUGAGCCAGGGAGGGCCCAAGGAGGCGCUGGAGAUGUACCGCAAAGUGCACAACCUGCGGAUCCUGGCAUGUGGAGGCGAUGGCACGGUCGGCUGGAUCCUCUCCACCCUGGACCAGCUGCGCUUAAAACCACCGCCUCCCGUUGCCAUUCUGCCUCUGGGCACCGGCAAUGACUUGGCCCGUACCCUCAACUGGGGCGGGGGCUACACGGAUGAGCCUGUGUCCAAGAUCCUCUCCCACGUGGAGGAAGGGAAUGUGGUGCAGCUAGACCGCUGGGACCUCCGUGCUGAGCCCAACCCCGACGCAGGGCCCGAGGAGCGUGAUGAGGGCGCUACUGACCGGCUGCCCCUGGAUGUCUUCAACAACUACUUCAGCCUGGGCUUCGAUGCCCACGUCACCCUGGAGUUUCAUGAGUCUCGAGAGGCCAACCCGGAGAAAUUCAACAGCCGCUUUCGAAAUAAGAUGUUCUACGCCGGGACAGCCUUCUCUGACUUCCUGAUGGGCAGCUCUAAGGACUUGGCCAAGCACAUCCGGGUGGUGUGUGAUGGAACUGACCUGACCCCCAAGAUUCAGGACCUGAAACCCCAGUGCAUUGUUUUCCUGAAUAUCCCCAGGUACUGCGCAGGCACCAUGCCCUGGGGCCACCCUGGGGAGCACCACGACUUUGAGCCCCAGCGGCAUGAUGACGGCUACCUCGAGGUCAUUGGCUUUACCAUGACGUCCCUGGCAGCGCUGCAGGUGGGUGGGCAUGGCGAGCGGCUGACACAAUGCCGUGAGGUGGUGCUCACUACGUCCAAGGCCAUCCCGGUGCAGGUGGAUGGCGAGCCCUGCAAGCUCGCAGCCUCACGUAUUCGCAUCGCCUUGCGCAACCAGGCCACCAUGGUGCAGAAGGCCAAGCGGCGCAGUGCCGCCCCCCUGCAUAGCGACCAGCAGCCAGUGCCCGAGCAGCUGCGGAUCCGGGUGAGCAGGGUCAGCAUGCAUGACUACGAGGCUCUGCAUUACGAUAAGGAGCAGCUCAAGGAGGCCUCCGUGCCACUGGGCACCGUGGUGGUCCCAGGAGACAGCGACCUAGAGCUCUGCCGGGCCCACAUCGAGAGGCUCCAGCAGCAGGAGCACGAAGGUGCUGGAGCCAAGUCCCCCACCUGCCAGAAACUGUCCCCCAAGUGGUGCUUCCUGGAUGCCACCACUGCCAGCCGCUUCUACAGGAUCGACCGGGCCCAGGAACACCUCAACUAUGUGACUGAGAUCGCACAGGAUGAGAUUUAUAUCCUGGACCCCGAGCUGCUGGGGGCAUCGGCCCGGCCCGACCUCCCAACCCCCACUUCCCCUCUUCCCACCUCCCCCUGCUCACCCACGCUCCGGUCACUGCCGGGGGACGUGGCAGCCCCUAAAGGUGAAGAGCUGAUUGAGGCUGCCAAGAGGAACAACUUCUGUAAGCUCCAGGAGCUGCACCGAGCUGGGGGUGACCUCAUGCACCGGGAUGAGCAGAGCCGCACGCUCCUGCACCAUGCAGUCAGCACCGGCAGCAAGGAAGUGGUCCGCUACCUGUUGGACCACGCGCCCCCAGAGAUCCUUGAUGCUGUGGAGGAGAAUGGGGAGACCUGUCUGCACCAGGCGGCGGCCCUGGGCCAGCGUACCAUCUGCCACUACAUCGUGGAGGCGGGGGCCUCUCUCAUGAAGACGGACCAGCAGGGCGACACCCCACGGCAGCGGGCCGAGAAGGCUCAGGACACCGAGCUGGCUGCCUACCUGGAGAACCGGCAGCACUACCAGAUGAUCCAGCGGGAGGACCAGGAGACGGCCGUGUAGCUGUGACAAUGCUGUGGCACCAAGGAGGGGUGGGGCCAGCCUGAGGAUGAGCCCCCUCAUGGCCAGCCUCGUGGCCACAUUCCAGUCGGACUCCCGCUGGCAGGCCCCAGGGAAGGGGCCCGUGCUGCCCCCCUGAGGAGCCGCCCAGGCCUCGGGCUGGACUCUGAGGAGUGGGGGGUGGGGGGUCUCGUCUGUCCCCCUGAGGCUCCGGCCUGACCCAGGCCUUAACAGCGGAACAGGAAACUGGACUGGGCUGGGCAGGCGUUGGGGGACCAGGGGCAGACCUCUUCAAGGCAGCCCUCGCCCUCACUGCAGCAGGUGCCCUCCGCCGGGUUCAGGGGUAGAC